CUGCAUGGCCUCGGUGGCUGCAAGGUUCUGGGGUUCGUCCGUUUGCUGCUCGCAAUCCAAACUCUCAGGAACUGGCAGCUUGAAACUGGGAAGAGGCCACUCUCCUCCGCCCAUGUCGUCUGGCCGGAGAUGUUCAGGAGUGUCGGGUCUCGGGGGCGGAGCCGUGUCUCCGGGGCCUGUGGUGGUGGAGGUGGCAGAGCCGGGUACCGGUGAGGGCCGCAGGGAGCUGUUCGAGGCCUGUCGGAGCGGAGACCUGGAGCGGGUCCGGAAACUGGUGACAGCCGUGAACGUGAACAGCAGAGACACGGCGGGCCGGAAAUCCACGCCGCUGCACUUCGCUGCAGGCUUUGGCCGUAAAGACGUGGUGGACUUCCUCCUCCAGAACGGCGCCAACGUCCAUGCCAGGGAUGAUGGCGGUCUGAUAUCGCUCCACAACGCCUGCUCCUUCGGCCACGCCGAGGUUGUGAGUCUGCUGCUUCACCACGGGGCGGACGCCAACGCCAGAGACAACUGGAACUACACCCCGCUCCACGAGGCAGCCAUCAAGGGCAAGAUCGAUGUGUGCAUAGGUGAAUACAGAAAAGAUGAGCUUCUGGAAAGUGCCAGGAGUGGGAACGAACAGAAGCUGAUGGCUCUGCUGACGCCGCUCAACGUCAACUGUCACGCCAGUGAUGGGCGAAAGUCCACGCCGCUACACCUCGCCGCUGGUUACAACCGCGUGAAGACGGUGCAGCUGUUACUGCAGCACGGUGCUGACGUACACGCCAAGGAUAAGGGGGACCUGGUUCCUCUUCAUAACGCCUGUUCGUACGGCCACUACGAGGUCACCGAGCUGCUGGUGAAGCACGGGGCCUGCGUGAACGCCAUGGACCUGUGGCAGUUCACGCCUCUGCAUGAAGCUGCUUCCAAGAACCGCGUUGAGGUGUGCUCUCUGCUGCUGAGCUACGGCGCCGACCCCACCUUCCUGAACUGUCACGAUAAAAGCUCCGUCGACCUCGCUCCAACCGCACAGCUGAAGGAGCAGCUCGCCUAUGAGUUCAGAGGUCACAGCCUGCUGCAGGCAGCGAGAGACGCCGACAUGGUUCAAGUGAAGAAGCAUCUGAGCGUGGAGACCAUCAGCUUCAAACACCCGCGCACUCAGGAGACGGCGCUGCAUUGUGCGUCUGCCUCUCCGUACCCAAAGAGGAAGCAAGUAUGUGAAGUUCUGCUGAGGAAGGGCGCCAACGUCAACGAGAAGACUAAAGACCUGCAGACCCCGCUCCACAUGGCGUCAGAGAAAGCCCACAACGAUGUCAUUGAGGUUCUGGUGAAACAUGAAGCGAAGGUGAACGCGGUGGAUCAUCUCGGCCAAACGGCGCUGCAUCGAGCCGCUCGCUGUGGCCACCUGCAGACCUGCAGGCUGCUGCUGACCGCCGGCUGCGACCCGCUGCUCACGUCGCUGCAGGGAUUGUCACCGUCACAGCUGGGCAACGAGAGCGUGCAGGAGAUACUGCAAGAAGGAUUUCUGAUCGGGAACUCUGAAGUCGACCGACAGCUGCUAGAAGCGUCCAAAUCAGGAGAUGUGGACGUCGUCAAGAGGCUCUGCACAGCACAGAACGUGAACUGCAGGGAUGUGGAGGGUCGGCAGUCCACGCCGCUGCAUUUCGCUGCCGGCUACAACCGUCUGGCAGUCGUCCAGUUCCUGCUGCAGCAAGGAGCCGACGUCCACGCCAAGGAUAAAGGCGGUUUGGUUCCUCUCCAUAACGCCUGUUCCUACGGUCAUUAUGAAGUCGCAGAACUGCUCGUUCUUCACGGCGCCGUGGUCAACGUGGCUGACCUCUGGAAGUUCACACCGCUGCACGAAGCUGCCGCCAAAGGCAAAUACGAUAUCUGCAAACUCCUGCUGCAGCAUGGCGCCGACCCAACCCGGAAAAACCGGGACGGUAACACCCCUCUGGAUCUGGUGAAGGACGCCGACACGGACAUCCAGGACCUCCUGCGGGGUGACGCCGCCCUGCUGGACGCCGCCAAGAAAGGCUGCCUGGCUCGAGUGAAGAAACUCUGUACUCAAGACAACGUCAACUGUCGAGACCAACACGGGAGGCACUCCACGCCGCUGCACUUAGCCGCGGGCUAUAAUAACUUGGAGGUGGCAGAGUACCUUUUGCAGCACGGAGCUGAGGUCAACUCUCAGGACAAAGGUGGACUGAUCCCUCUGCACAACGCUGCCUCGUACGGGCACGUGGAUGUGGCGGCUCUCCUUAUCAAGUACGACGCCUGUGUUAACGCCACUGAUAAGUGGGCGUUCACGCCACUGCACGAGGCCGCUCAGAAGGGACGCACGCAGCUUUGUGCUCUCCUAUUGGCUCACGGCGCUGACCCGACCCUGCGGAACCAGGAAGGACAGUCGCCUCUGGACCUGGUCACAGCUGAUGAUGUCCGGGCCUUGCUAACAGCGGCAAUGCCUCCCUCCGCUCUCCCUGGCUGUUACAAACCUCAGGUCAUCAGCGUAGCGGUGUCUGCCUCCGGUGCUCCACCUGUCACCGCCAUCCCACCACUCCUCUCCUCCAACCCUUCCUCGUCAUCCGCCUGCCCCACACCUUCUCUCCUCCUGUCUUCUUCCCCUUCCACCUCUUCCUCCUCCACAUCUGCAGCAGCGACCAGUAACACAGCCGCUGCUGCAAGCCUCUCGUCUUCGCCGCCGCCAUCAUCGUCCUCACCAUUUCCUGAGAUGUCGGCCCUGCUGUUGGCUGUGGAGGGAUCCCCGGGCACAGAGAAAAAAGAUGAAGGGACUGAGCUCAGCAUCUGUCAGUUCUUGGAGAACCUGGGGUUGGAGCAUCUUCUGGAGAUCUUCGACAGGGAGCAGAUCACUCUAGACGUUCUGGUGGAGAUGGGUCAUCGCGAGCUGAAGGAGAUCGGCAUCAACGCCUACGGACACAGACACAAGAUCAUCAAAGGAGUGGAGAGGCUCAUCAGUGGGCCGCAGAGUCUGAAUCCGUAUCUGACGCUGAACACAGCCAACAGUGGGACGAUCUUAAUCGACCUCUCGGCCGACGACAAGGAGUUCCAGUCGGUGGAGGAGGAGAUGCAGAGCACCAUCAGAGAGCACCGGGACGGCGGCCACGCUGGAGGAGUCUUCAACAGAUACAACCUGGUCAAGAUCCAGAAGGUCUGCAACAAGAAGCUGUGGGAGAGGUACAGCCACCGCAGGAAGGAAGUGUCUGAGGAAAACCACAACCACUCCAAUGAGCGCAUGCUGUUUCACGGCUCGCCGUUCGUCAACGCCAUCAUCCAUAAAGGCUUCGACGAACGCCACGCGUACAUCGGGGGGAUGUUCGGCGCCGGGAUUUACUUUGCAGAGAACUCGUCAAAGAGUAACCAGUACGUCUACGGCAUCGGAGGAGGGACGGGCUGUCCGGUCCACAAAGACCGCUCCUGCUACGUCUGCCACAGGCACCUGUUGUUCUGCAGGGUGACUCUGGGUAAAUCCUUCCUGCAGUUCAGCGCCAUGAAGAUGGCUCAUUCACCGCCAGGUCACCACUCCGUCACCGGCAGGCCGAGCGUUAACGGCCUCGCUCUGGCCGAGUACGUCAUCUACAGAGGAGAGCAGGCCUACCCCGAGUACCUGAUCACCUACCAGAUCAUAAAACCUGAAGCCUCCGCAGACGGAUGAAGAAGAUCGAGUCAGAGAAGGAAAACAUGAAGAAACGCCAGAAUCUUCACUAACUGCAUGCACAGAGAAAACUUUAUUUAUACCAUGUAUAAAACAUGUAGGUUUUUAUCAGAUGACUGUUUUUUUUGUGGUUUUAUGCACUUUAUUGACUUCCGUCCUGAUGUGAUGUAACUGUUGAUUUCACCCUCUUGUCGUUAAAAACGUGUUGUUCACAUAUUUCAGGUCAUUUUUCAAAAACCAAAUCCAUGUACUUGACCCACGCGACAUGUUGUUGAUGUCUGAACCCACGUGAUGGGAAGUUGCUGUAAUUGGCAGAUAAAUGGGUUCAUUGCUCCCCGUCUUUGAAAACGGCGACGUAACGGUGAACGGUUGCUCGCUGCAGACAGAACAGUCAAAACAACCCUACAUGUUGCCUGGCAACCACCUGACGAGAUGAAGAACUGGAUUGGUGUCAUGGAGAUGUUACGUGUAUAUUUAUUUUUUGUACAAGCAUGUCAGUUUAUUAAUAUUUAUGAAAUGAAAAUAUCGUGUUGCUUUUUAAAGACCGGGUUUUCUCUGAAUCAGCCUGAACGAGCCGCAGUCUCUGAUUGGCUAGAGUCACACACAGUUCAUGAAAACCUGAAUCUGAUUCAUCAAACAAAUAUUAUUUACCUGCCGCAGACGUACCUGAGCAGUCGUAGCCUGACUGCAGAUCUCUUUCAGUUCAUAUUCCAGCUCAGUGUUUUUAUCCCAGGUCAGAAAAGCUUUUUAUGAUUCACAGUUUUUAAAAAAAUACAGCCCUUAACAAAUUUAUUAGACAACCAGUCAUAAA